GUAGUUUUAUGGGAUUCCCCCAGAUAAUCAGUGAUCAAGAUAGAUUCAAAGAUACCAUGGAUCAGCCUCAUAUUAACGAAAAAGGAAUGUCAAUUCUAGUAACAGCUCUGUUCAUAGUCGGUGAAACAGCUGGUGGUGGUCUCAUUGCUCUUCCAACUGCAAUUGUGAGCACCGGAGCGGUUACUGGAGCAUUUCUUCUCCUUGUUGCAGCAGUAGUUUGCACAUAUACUGGAAUUCUUCUGGCUGAAAAUUGGACAAUUCUGCAAGAGUUGUAUCCAGAAUAUAGAGAUCACUGCCGGAAACCGUAUCCUGCAAUGGGACUUCGAGCCAUUGGGCCAAAAUUUGCUCACUUUGUAUCAGCAAUGCUUCAAGUCACCCAAUUCGGAACUGCCGUUGUAUUUGUUCUUCUUGCCGCAAAAAAUGGUGAAAACAUGCUUCACGCAAAUUUCGGAACUCACGUGAGCUUCUGCUAUAUGAUACUCAUCGUCGGGCUUCUCGUCUUCCCAUUUACCCUUCCAAAAUCUCCAAAAGAUUUCUGGUAUGCAGUGGUUGCUGCAAUGAUUUCAACUACAAUUUCAGUAGUUUUAAUCAUUUUUGGAACAGUACAAGACUAUGAAGUAUGUCAUAAAGAAGUAUUCUAUCCAUCAUUUAAUUUCUCAAAAACUCUGAUGUCAUUUGGAACUAUAAUGUUCUCAUAUGGAGGACAUUGUGCAUUUCCAACAAUUCAACAUGAUAUGAAGAAGCCUCAUCACUUUUCUCGAUCAAUUAUUAUUGCAUUCAUUAUUAUUUUUAUUUUCUAUCUUCCUGUUUCAAUGAGUGGAUAUUUUGUAUAUGGAAGCUCUUUGACCGACUCUAUUAUUCCAUCAAUUCAGAAAAAUUGAAACGCGAAAGAAUUACUUUCAAUUGUGGGUAAUCUCGAAUAUAAAUACUCGGCGAAACUGAAGGAAAUUUUUUGAAAAAAUAAUGUUUCAACGAAUCAAUAAUAUAAAUAUCCAAACAAUUGUGAAUAUUUUGAUCAGUCUUCAUGUUUCAUUGGCUCUCACAAUCACUUUCAAUCCAUUGAACCAGGAAUUUGAGGAAAUUUUGAAUAUGUCACAUGAUUUUGGAUGGCAAAGAAUCGUGGCUAGAGCUCUAGUUAUGCUUUCAGUAGUUUUUGUCGCGGAAUCUGUUCCAAAUUUUGGAGUUUUAUUGGAUCUUGUCGGUGGAUCAACAAUUACAAUGAUGGCUUUAGUAGUUCCAAUUGUAUUUAAUUUGGCGCUAACCACAAUUAAGAAAAAGAAAGAAAAUAAGGAUAAUGAGGAAAAGUUAACGAUUAAGGAGAUAUUUCAAAACUCGGAUAAGAUCAAACUUCUGGCAAAUAUCUUAAUUCUUGUAUUUGCAAUUUUCGGAGGAGUGGCUGCUACCACUUCAGCAAUGCAAACGAUGCUCCAGAGUGAAUUCAGCGCUCCAUGUUAUGCAAGAAUUUGGAGUGAGAAUGCAAGAAUUAUGGAAGAACAACGACAAUUGACUUUUACACACGGAAAAAUCGCGUGCUGUGGAAUGUUCCGUAACAUUUCUGCAACGGGAUCCGAAGUUUGUCUGGACGUUGCUUCAAUGGCUAAAGCUGUGUCUCAUGGAUGAAAUUAAGAAGCCUCAAAACUUCAAAUUUAAAUUUAAUGUUACUUCAGGUCGACCACAAGGUUAGGGUAUUUCAAGUUUUUGACGGGUUCUUUUCUGAUAGUUUUGUAUAAAUUUUAAUUGAAUGAAUAUGUUUUUAAUA